CAUCCACAACAGCAGGAGGCAACGACGUGCAAAACCGUGCGAGCUUGGCGUGCUCGUGAACGCGCACUGGGAAUCCGCUAUACUAUUAGUGCACAGUCCAGAUGAGAGGAUCUGACCUGACUCUUAGUGAAAUACUGUGGAAUAAAAGCUACAGCCUCGGGGAUUAACUAAUUCACAGUGGAGUUUUUCUUCGUCCAUGGAUCCCUGUUUCACUUAGGAAGCGGAGUGUUAUCGGGGCGGAUCUGUUGGGAACAACAUCAACGUUUUCCUUUAAAUCCUUCAGCUCGGAUUUACUUCAGAUUGGGACUGUGUGCAGAUUUAUUUUUAAAGACAGACAGCUGAACUGUAGCUAAGGCGAGAUGUGUGAUAUGUAACACCGCCAGGCUUCCUGUUUGAUCUUUUGUUUGUUUACACGCUGAUGUUAUUCAGAUCCAUGUAAAUAAAUGGGAGAGUGUCUUAUCAUCCUUUCCCUCUUAUCUAGCUAACUCAAACACUUUUUUAAGUCAGUAACCUUUGGAAGAAUGACUUAAUAGUGAUCAAGACACCUCUGGAAAAUCCAAAUUGCCCAUGUGAUAGUGUAACUACAACUAAACAACAACAUCAUCAUCAUCAACAACAACAACAACAACAACAAUGCGCUAGUAAUUGGAUCUAAAGCUGAAUCUAGGAGAUUUUCCACGGAAUUAAACUCUUCUAUCAGUCAUCUAACCACUUUGGAGCGACCAUGGCUUUCUUUAAUUUUCGGAAAAUAUUCAAGCUUGGUCCUGAGAGGAAGAAAAAGCAGUAUGAACACGUCCACAGAGACGUGAACCCCGAGGAAAGCUGGGAAAUUGUCGGAGAAUUAGGAGACGGUGCUUUUGGAAAGGUGUAUAAGGCCCAGAACAAGCAGUCGGGCAUUUUAGCUGCAGCGAAGGUGAUUGACACUAAGACGGAAGAAGAGCUGGAGGAUUACAUGGUGGAGAUUGACAUACUGGCAUCUUGUAACCAUGACAACAUUGUCAAGCUUUUGGAUGCUUUCUACUAUGAGAGCAAACUCUGGAUUCUGAUUGAGUUUUGUGCUGGAGGAGCUGUUGAUGCAGUGAUGCUGGAGCUGGAGAGGCCACUGACCGAGCCGCAGAUCAGGGUAGUGUGUAAGCAGACUCUAGACGCACUGCUCUACCUGCAUGAGAACAAAGUCAUCCACCGAGACCUGAAGGCUGGAAACAUCCUGCUGACACUUGAUGGUCAAGUCAAACUUGCGGAUUUUGGGGUGUCUGCCAAAAACACUAAAACACUCCAGAGACGAGACUCCUUCAUUGGAACUCCAUACUGGAUGGCGCCAGAGGUGGUGAUGUGCGAGACUUCGAAGGACAGGCCGUAUGACUACAAGGCAGAUAUCUGGUCCCUCGGUGUCACCCUGAUUGAGAUGGCCCAGGUCGAGCCACCCAAUCAUGAGAUGAACCCCAUGAGAGUGCUGCUAAAAAUCGCCAAGGCUGACCCACCCACACUUAUGCAGCCCUCCAAAUGGUCUCCAGAAUUCAGUGACUUUCUAAGACAUGCUCUGGAUAAGAAUCUAGACAACAGAUGGAACGCAGCACAGCUCGUUCAGCACCCAUUUGUGAGCAACGUUACUGAUAACAAACCACUACGAGAGCUGAUAGCAGAAGCCAAAGCUGAAGUCACGGAGGAGAUAGAGGAGUCGAAGGAGGACGAUGAGGAGGAUGAUCACGAGGGACAGCUGCUGCUUCCUGGACACAAGCGUGCUUCAUCUGACAUCAGUAUUGGAAGCUCUGAGGAUGAGAAGCUUUCUCAGUCACCUUCUACCUUGGAAGCAGUUCCAGAAAAAAAUGAGGACUUUGGUGUUACCAAGAGCCCAGAUAUGGAUCUUAGUGAUGACCAGACGGCUGAGCCUGAAAUUUCCAAACUGGAACUGAACCACAUCCCAAAUUUACCAGAACCGUCUGCUGAAGAACCUGCAAAGGAAUCAGUUUCCAACAUGAAAUCUCAGGAACAAGAAGAUGAGAAGAACAUUGUAGAAAUCAAGCCAGAAAUACCUUCUGCUCCACUAAAUAUACUGGAGCCGAAAGAGGAGACGAAAAAUAUGGAAAAUAUGGUGAACUCAGCUGGUGAUAAUGUGACAGUAAUCCAGAACAUGGAUGCAGUGGUGAAGGAUGAGCUCGCACCUGAGAAUUCCAUCAAGGAGGUUGAGGGACCUGUUGUGGUGCCCAAGGAAAAACCUUCACCUCCAACUUCUCCUGUGAAAGAAGAGGAUAAAGGUGAAGCAGAACAUGAGAAAUCUUCUCCAGACAAUGAAAGUCCUGCGAAGCCCAGAUUCCAAAAGAAAGUCUCUGGAAGUGGGUCUGCAGCAGAUAACAGCAGCGUUGACCUAAACCUGUCCAUCUCCAGCUUCAUAAGCAAAUCCAAAGAGGCAGGAUCGGCUUCUGUACAGGAAACAAGGCGUCAGAAGAAGACCCUGAAAAAAACCCGCAAGUUUAUUGUGGACGGCGUGGAAGUUAGCGUAACGACGUCUAAGAUCGUGACUGAUAAUGAUGCCAAAAACGAGGAGAUGAGAUUCCUAAGACGUCAAGAGCUAAGAGAGCUGAGGCUUUUGCAGAAAGAGGAGCAGAGAGCCCAACAGCAGCUCAGCAACAAACUGCAGCAGCAGAAGGAGCAGAUCUCCAGACGCUUCGAGCAGGAGACCAUGAGCAAGAAGCGUCAGUACGAUACAGAGGUGGAGAACAUGGAGCGGCAGCAGAAGCAGACUAUCGAGCGACUUGAACAAGAACAUACCGGCCACCUCCGCGAUGAGGCCAAGAGGAUCAAAGGCGAGCAGGACAAGGAGCUGUCAAAGUUCCAAAACAUGUUGAAGAACCGCAAGAAAGAGGAGCAGGAGUUCUUGCAGAAACAGCAGCAGGAACUGGAUGGCGCUCUGAAGAAGAUUAUCCAGCAGCACAAGCGUGAGCUGGCCACCGUUGAAAGAGACUGCCUCAACCACAAACAGCAGCUCCUCCGAGCAAGGGAGGCAGCAAUGUGGGAGCUAGAAGAGCGCCAUCUACAGGAGAAACACCAACUAUUCAAGCAGCAACUCAAGGACCAGUAUUUCAUGCAGAGACACCAACUACUCAAAAGACAUGAGAAGGAAAUGGAGCAGAUGCACAGAUAUAACCAGCGACUGGUGGAGGAAAUGAAGACGAAACAGACCCAGGAAAGGACCAGACUUCCCAAGAUCCAGCGCAGUGAAGCCAAGACACGCAUGGCCAUGUUUAAAAAGAGCUUGCGCAUCUCCUCCCCCGGGCUCACCCCCGAACAGGAGAGGGAAAAAAUCAAACAGUUUGCAGCACAGGAGGAGAAGAGGCAGAAGAACGAGAGACUCCAUCAGCAUCAUAAACAUGAGAAUCAGAUGAGAGACUUGCAGUUGCAGUGUGAUGCCAAUGUUAGAGAGCUGCAGCAGUUACAGAAUGAGAAGUGCCAUCUGCUCAUCGAACAUGAGACACAGAAGUUAAAGGAGCUGGAUGAGGAGCACAGUGCUGAGCUGAAGGACUGGAGAGAGAAACUGCGGCCCAGGAAAAAGACACUAGAGGAGGAGUUUGCACGGAAGCUUCAAGAACAGGAAAUCUUCUUCAAGAUGAGCGGAGAAUCCGAGUGCCUUAACCCAUCCACCCAGAGCCGCAUCUCCAAGUUCUACCCUGUCCCCACUGUCCACUCCACUGGGUUUUAACACAUGCAUAUACACACACACACACACACACACACAAACACACACACGCAUACACACAAACACACACACGCACACGGACAGAUAUACACACUACACAUGUUCCUACAUAAACUCACAUAUGUAUGUAUUACUCAAGUAAGACUCUUAUAUAAAGGCAUUAUGCAACUACAAACUCCAUUCUGCACAGUAAUGGCUUUCAGGAUAUACACCUACAUAUUGUGAAUGAUCGUUUUGCAGCCACGCCCUCUUGGCUGAGACCAUUCAGGAUCAAAUGCAGGGGGUCACUUAAUAUAAAGGGGUUUUGCACCUACUAUGUCUGUGGAAGGACUGAUAUAUUCACACGUGAAGGUUCACAUUUUACACUAAUCAGGCAGCUUCUGUAUGUUUUUAACUUCCUGCUUAGCUAAGACAUAUGCCAAGUAUUGAGAACAGUGGUUAAUGUUUUACAUUCUAGUUAGUUGACUAUUAAUUCAGUGGUUUUAGUGCCUAGACAAUUUGACUGAAAGCUGAAAUUUACAUAAAUGAACUCCCCUGUCAUUUGCACUAAAUUAUUAAAGAACAGUAGAAGGAUUUCGGUUAAAAGAAUGUGCUACAACACAUUAGAAUGUAAUACCUAUAAUGAAGGAAGUGACUCAUUUGAGAUAUGAUAGUCCGAUUUCUAAAAUGCAAUGAGUUGAAAUGAAGGAACAAACGUCUGCUGAAAAUUUUUAGUUUCUGCCUCACGCAAAUGUAAGUGUAUUUUUUUUAGUUGUGUUUCAUUUGCUGUAUAUUACUGUUUUCUACAUAUAUCAGAUCAAGAUUACGCAAACUUGAAGCUGUUGUAUAUCACUGUGGUAUGAAGAAGUGUGUAAAGCACUUUUGAAGAAGAAUAUGCAAUAUGAAUUUUAAACUUUGACACAUUUUGAAACAUAUCAGACCUUUUGCUUUUGUUGAAGGUGCACUUUAGCACCAAAUUCUGUAUUUGAUUUUAAUUUAGACUGCAUGUUUUUAGAGACUCUUUGCAGUUAAUUAACACUAUAAACCAUGUUUUUGUAGUUUACUUACAUUUUACAUUUUUAUAAACUAUAGUAACCUUCUUUUUUGAGAUUUAUUAUGCCAUCUAUGCUAACAGUGUGUCUGAGAACAUACUGUUUCAUUUAUGAGUUUCAUUUAUGAGUUUCAUUUAUGAGUACUUUAACAGACAAAACAUGAAUUCUGAAUGAAUUCAUCAUUAAAUUAUGGCAGUUUAACUCGAAGAGCGGGUGAUACAGUGACAUUUAAAUACAAAAAAAAACUUUUUUGAGAUAUAAGCAUCAUUUUUUGAUGGAUUUCAGUCGGUGCUUGUUUUCUGUAGCAAAUAAUAAAUUAGCUUGAUGAGCGUGAGAAGGCGCUGUGCAGUUUCCACAAACUGAUGACUUUGUGAGAACAAUUUUAAUUAGAUAGACGUUUAAACACUUUUGAAGUUUGGUGGAAUGAGGGAAGACAUCCUGCCCUUUAUACUAUUAAUUAUAAUUUUCAUUGUCUAGCUAGAAUUAGUGUUAUUAGCUAGAAACUCUAGCAAAUUGCCAGCUAGCUUACUAGAAUGAGCCGAUAAUUUUAGCAAGGUAAGUAGAGAAAACAAUCCUGAUGUAAAAAAUUAUCAUGAAGGAAAUCUAUGAGGCUUACUGUAAUCAUUCUAACAUGUAAAAAUAUAAAAUAUGUAGGAAUUCAAAUGUGAAGUUGAUUUUGUUGAAUUUCAUGGAAACUUUUACAGUUACCAUAUACAUUGUGUAGAAUGCUUUACACAUACUGUUGAAUGUACUUCUUGCCCCGUAUAAUAUUUUUAUUAUUAUUAUUACAUGCACAUUCUUAAAGGAUGAGGCUUUCCCCAUUCUCCCUUACUACACUAUGGCCAGUUUGUUUCCAAGUAUGCAUCCAGUUCAGACUGAUUUUUUCUCAUAAUGUUUCUUUUUAUUGAGACCCUUUUCAUGUGUAAGAAUUUUUUUUAGUGUAUAAUGUAUUCAUGUCAGUGUUUGUGAUUUUAAAAAGGUGUUGAUUUGCAGUAAUAGACUGCUAAUUAAAUCAUUUGUUGCAAAUGUUAA